UCGGUAGAUAGUAUUUACUUAUGUAAGACAGUGUUAUUUAGAGUAUUGUUUAUAUUUAAUUAUACACUAGGUACGUAUAAACAUUUAAUAAUUUAACAGAUUUUAUAAAAUGUAAAUAGUAAAGUUUAAUUGUUAACUAAGAAUUGGCACCGCACUUUGCAUUCCCACUUAUGUAUGGAUUGUAUCUACACUGUUGCAUUUGUCGUCGCAUUCUAGGGAAAUUAUAAAAUUAUGUAUCUAUUUACCUAUAUUAUAACGAUUAAUGUAGCUUGUUGAAUCGUACGUGGAGUGAGCAGGGCCGCUCUCCGCUGCUGCUUACUCUUGCUUUCUUUUCUAUCAUUAUAAGAUGUUGUAUCUCAACACUGUAGUAGUAUUGAUAAUUAAUUAUUUCUAAAGAAUCAUGAAUAAUGUUAUGUUCACUGUAUCUACUUAUCUUCUCAGUAUCGGUGGUUCAAUGCAAUCUUUGUCUCCGGGUGUUGUGACCGCUGUUGCGUAGCGUUAGAGUAGGAUAGGUGUAGUUGGCCAUAGGCGACGUUUCAGAAAUGCCGAUAGAAUAUAUAUUGUUGAUGGACUAGCAGAAUAUAUUGACUAUGUUGCAAAGAUUACGGAUUUUUUAUUUACGAACUACGCUCCCUUUCAUAGGAUAUUUUAAUCGCAUCUAAAUGUGUUAACAUGAACACGUUAUAUAUUUCAUUUAUAAUAAUUCCAACCUAAAUUUUCUUUAUGUUACCUAUUUCUAGAAUACUGUGAUGACUCAGGAGAGUUCCAAUCUCGCGCGUGACGCUCGCUGUCCUAAGUCUAAAUUUCUAUGUCAUUGUACUUUUGAGUCGAUCAUUAGAGCCAAAAUGUUUUAGUACAAUUAUUCGGAGUAGUUACCGUUUUUUUAUUGAAAUGGGACAAAGCUUGCAUUGAGUCAUCGCACUAUGGGGCCCGGGGCCCGCGCCGCUACUCGUUGGCAGAGUCGCUCCGUCCGAGCGCCUUCUGACGCGGGUGGGCUGUCACGAGUCGCUCCCAUCCGCUGCCGCUCCACUCGAACGCAUGCCCGACCGAAAAAGCGCUCCUUUAAAGCUAUUUCCGCGAAAGCCUAGAUCAAGACCGGGCACCGGACACCGGGCAUGCGUCCGAGCGGGCUCCUCACGGCGCGGCCCCGGGCUGAGCGCUGACGCGGCGUGUGCGCAGGCGGUGCGGCGGCGGCCGGGCUCGCCGCGCCGCGCGGCGCGCUUGUGGCCGCGCUCUCGCUUGUGCUCGCCGCCCCGCACUGACCGGGCGCUGCACACGCGGCGGCGGCGACGCGCCGGCGGAGCGCUUCGCGUGGUGGUGGGCUCUGUUAGCGGGCGGGGCGCUGGCCGCGGCCGGCGCGGCGGCGUGGUGCCGGCGGCGCCGUCCGCGCCGCCCGCCGCCGCCGCCGCGCCCGCCGCCGCGGCCCAGGGCGCCGCAAGCCUGCGCCGCGCGCCUAGCUGCGCCUCGCGACACGGUAUGACGAAGCGCCGGCGCGAGACGCCGAACACUUACGCACCGAUAGAUGAAUACACGAUUUUAAAAUAUUCCUAGUUUUAUUUGGAGAUCA